CUAGUAUUAUUUGGUGUGAAAAAAGGCGCAUUAUCUGCAACCCAUUUAUCUGGGCCCAUAUUCUCUACCCUAAAACCCAAUACCCGUGAGUGCGAAGCAAAUCGGAGAUUGUAGGAAGCAACGAGAGGUAUUCUUUCUCUGUUUCGCGACCUGGUUGUAUCUUCCUCAGUUGGUUGCAGAUUUAUCAGCUCUAAUUAGGAACCCAAAUGGCUGGCGGCAGGAUUGCUCAUGCCACCCUGAAAGGACCCAGUGUUGUCAAGGAGAUAUGUAUCGGGAUUGCACUUGGAUUGGCUGCUGGUGGUCUUUGGAAAAUGCAUCACUGGAAUGAGCAGAGGAAAGUGAGGGCAUUUUAUGAUUUGCUGGAAAAAGGUGAGAUCAGCGUGGUUGCAGAAGAAUAAAUUCUGCUUUAUGCCUCAACCAUGAUAUUAUGGACAGCUUCAGCAUUAUUGUAGCUUUUUUGCCCCAUUGGCUGCUCUUGAGUUGAGCAUACUUAGUUUCUAUUUGAAAAUAAAAUUUCUUAUGAUUGUGGAGUAGAUAACAUUCCCAUAAUUUGUGAAGUUUAAUGAUUUUCAUCCUUU